AUCCGCAAAAUUAUUCUCAAAAUGGAUUCCACGUCGGCAAAACAUAUUAAUGAUUAGUCUGAAAAUGUUGCAUUCAAACAAAUUUAUUAUGUAAUCUAUUUUAGACAUCUAGAAAUUUGAACAGUUUUGAGACCGGUUCAGUUGCAACGCAGCUGUGAAAAAAUGAAAGCGAAUUUUCGCAAAAAUUGUCUUCAGAUUUUCAAAUCAAACGCGCUUACAUUGGCAACCCUUGCUGGAGUAAUAGGAGGUAUUGUACUUGGAGCCUGUUUGAAAGCAAGCAGAGAGGAAAAAUGGACGUCAAGAGAGGUUAUGUAUAUCGGGUACAUCGGGCAAAUUUUUCUGAAUAUGCUUAAAUGUGUAAUCAUCCCUCUUAUUAUACCAUCAUUAAUAGCUUCAGUAGGUGGCUUGGAUUUAUCUCUUUCUAAAAUGAUUGGAUUGAGAGCAAUUGUUUAUUAUCUAACUACAACAG